UAGAUACCAUUAGCUCAACCCUGUGAUCCAGAGAGCUAGAGUUUGCAUGAACCAGAGAGUGAAUGUGUAAGAGUGGCAGAGUGACGACAAGCCAAAAAGCAUCACUAAGUGGAUGAGAAGAGAAGGAGAAAACUGCUUCGAGUGUGGAAACACCAAACUGUGGAAACUCCAUCUGAAACAUGCAGCAUCAGUGGGUGUGUGAGGCUGUUCUGGCCCUCUUGAUCGUCACAGCGAUGCUGGCAGAGGGUGGGAAGGCAGAAAAACAAGCAGGUAAAAAGGAGCGUAAGUCAGACUGCGGAGAGUGGCAGUGGAGUGUAUGCGUAGCAAAUGCAGGGGACUGUGGCUUGGGCACCAGAGAAGGCACGCGCACCGGCAGUGACUGCAAGCAGACCAUUAAAACCCAGCGCUGCAAGAUCCCCUGCAACUGGAAGAAGCAGUUCGGAGGUGAGUGUAAGUAUGACUUCCAAGCAUGGGGCGAGUGUGAUGUGGCCACAGGGAUGAAGAACCGGACAGGUGUGCUGAAACGUGCACUCAUGGAUGCUAACUGCCCCAACACUGUCAGUGCUACCAAACCCUGCGGCAAGACCAAAAUCAAGCUACAGGAGUCGCGGAAACCGAAAGGGGAUGGAAAGAAGAAAGAGCAAGACUAGAGAAGCCCCGCCCACUCCCCCACCCACC